CUUUCCUCCACGUCCCGCUUCUUUCAGCUUCGGUUUCCACGAAUGGCCUAUCACUCAAAGCCGGCGCGGCGCAAACUAGACAGUCAUUCAUCAUGAGUAUAUUGGGUUCAAGCUGUUCAGCCUCGCUCUGGUCUUCACAGAAUAGUGUUGAUAGCUUGAGGACAUCCAAUCUCAGCUUCUACAAUGCCGCGAUUCCUACAGCACAAGGACUGGAAGACAUCAUAAGGACUGUGCAAAGUCUCAAGAUUCGCCUAGUCCCAUCUUCGGCCAUCAGACGUGGUACCCCUGCGGGCGAAGGUGAGACGUUCUGGGUCGAGCGUUGCGAUGUGUCUGGCCAAACUGUGGCCGUCAAACAUUUGAAGGUCGAUGAACGACGAUCGGUCUCAAACGAAUUUCGUCACCGGAUUGACUCCUUGUUGCUCGAAAUGCGGAUUAUGCAUCAUGCGCCUCUGAGCAGUCAUCCAAACAUAUUGAAUCUUAUCGGGUACGGCUGGAAUAUCGAAGCCGGAGGCAUUCUGCCCUAUAUUCUAGUCGAGUAUAGCGCCGAAGGCACUCUGCGACAGUAUCUGAGGAGAAGAAGAGAUGUUCGUCUGGAAACCAAAGAGAUGCUUAUCGCGGAUGUAGGGGCCGGGCUUCAUGCGCUUCAUGUCACUGGAAUUGUCCAUGGAGAUGUUAAACUCGAGAAUGUUCUAGUGUUCUAUUCCGAUGAGAGACAAAGUUCGCCGAUAGCCAAGAUCUGCGACUUUGGCCACUCAAUUCUCGUGGGUACUAGUGGUGACGAGACAUCUCACGGGAUAUACAAAGGCACGCCACGCUACCACGCUCCUGAGGUCCUCGAACAAAAGGCCAACCCCAUAAAACGGGAAGAACUGAAGAAAUGUGAUAUAUGGGCUUUUGGUCUGUUGGCGUGGGAGAUAGUACUUGAUGGUGCAGUCUACACCGAUCACAUUGACAGCUUGGACUCAAGUCCUGCUGCAAUCCUUUCAUCUGCUCUGCGCACAACGAUACGAUCCACACGUGACACUGUGAUACAAGGGGUCUUUAGACGCCUUUUCAAAAGAACACUGGAAGCUGACCCCAACCUACGAGCGGAGAAAAUCGAUAAUAUGGCUUGCAUGGCAAGAUGGAAGAGAACUGGCACCGCGAAUCUUUCUGCCCAAUUGGCUCUUCACACGGGUAACUCUGAGUGGUCUUUUGAAGUAUUCCGGUUUGAAACUCGAAAAGACAUCGCGUGGAUUCAUCGCGAGCAUAUCGCGCAAGAAUUUAUCAGGGUCUUCACCACAACUGACGAGGAUCAUGUGAAAGCAUCAGCGGCAUGGCAGAUCGCGGUCUGCCACGCAACUGGCUUUGGUCUUCCCGCUGAUUGGAAAGCAGCGGAUCGAUAUUGGGCCGACUCCUCGAGGUUGGGUAGCGGUUUGGCGCAACGCUUCCGCAAACCCUUAUCACAAGCUGGCCGCGAACAUACAGGUGAACUGUAUGCAAGCGCACUGCGUGAUAUGCUUUCCUUGGAUGCCAUAUCUUCUAGCGGCGCUUUCUGGCUUGGAGGAGGUCCUCUUAUAACUGCGUCAGGCGGUGCGGAGAAUGCAGAUGUCUCGAGCUUGGAGAAUGCAAUCAAAGAGCGAGAUAUUGGCGCAAUCAUCGAUAUUCACGAAAAGAACCCUUCGUUCUCCAACCAAAACAGAGAGCCCCCUUUGAUUAUGGCUCUCCGUGCACGAAAUUCCGAGAUCGCUGGCUUACUAUCAGAUCGUGGGUGCUCCCCAGAAACUCAAGACGAGAGUGGACGAAAUGCGUUCCACUGGCUUUUCAUGUUGGGUGACAGGGCCUCUACUUUCGCAAAACGAUUUCGAGGACGGGCUGAAAUGACAAUUGCCGUCAAUACAGUCGUGACCAAUAUCGUUAUACCUGAUCCGCAAUGGCCACUGCAACUAGAAGGAUCACCGCUCGCACAUGCAGUCGCAACGGGGAGCGCAGACACAGUCGCUGCCCUACUUGACCUCGGCGCCAACCCGUUGCAGCCGGCUUUUGGCUCCGAAGGUUUUGCUGGAUGGACGCCUCUGCACGUUGCAGUCAAAUAUCACCACGCGGAAAUUCUACAGUUGCUAUUGGAGCAUUUAGAUUCCAGGAAAACAAUUUCGGAUCUCGAGAUACCGCUCGCCCUGGUACUGCCCGAUGCACCUAUCAUUGAACGUGUUGCGAUGCAUGGAAAAAAACAGGAAAAGCACCUAACACAGACGAUAGAGCUUCUAGGGGAGCCAAAAUGCCUGGAGCGAGCCGCAAAAGACGGUACUACGCCACUCAUGAGAGCUUUAGACAAUAACGACCUGCAGGUGACUACUGCGUUACUCAAACGUCAUGGAAAACUCGCAGAGCUUCGCUCAGUCUCACCAAGUCCUACGGAUGAAUUCGGUCACGAUCCCCAGUUUCACUAUGCUAUACACCAUGCUGUACAGCUUGUAUCUUGCUUCAAUGGACCUAAAAGUCUCGAUCUCAUGAAGUUAAUCCAAACUCACGAUAUAAUGGCACUGGAUCGACGUGAUAGCCAAGGUCGCACACCCGCGCACGUGGCAGCUGCGGGAUAUAACCAUGGUGGCCUGACUUUUCUCAUAGAUCAAAAGCCGUCACUCCUCCAUGAAAAAGACACACAAAGGGCCACACCUCUCCAUUACUGCGAGACAGCUACAGUAGCAGAGCAUCUGGUAUCUCUGGGUGCUAAGAUUGAUGCGCGAGAUCGCUCCGGUCAUUCUGCCCUUCAUUACGCGGUAAUCAAAGGAUACGGGACUAUCGUCCAAUCCUUGUGCAAACUGAACGCAACUAUCGACUUCAACAACAGCAGAGUUGAAAACCCCCUUCAUGUUGCAAUUAGAAGAGAAGAUUACAGCCUGGCUACGACUCUGGUAGCGUUUGGUGCCUCAAUAAACGCACGAGAUGAGGCAGGAAACAAUGCACUUCAUAUAGCAGCAAAGAAGUCCCCACACCACGUGUUAGAUUUGCUACUCGACAACGGUGCUAAUCCAAUGCUACCAAACAACGAAGGUAAAUCGGCGCUCGAUAUCGCCGUCCGCAGCGGCAAUGCUCAUGCGAUAGAUGUGCUCAGUACUCGUUGUCCAGGACUUAUUCUGAUGUCAGAUUUGUCGAAGCCAGGCAUCGUCAACCAAAAAGUACCAAAUUCGCCUCUUUACGUCUGCUCUAGAAAGUUCAACAAAGCGGCUUUUAACCAGAUGCUUGUACGAAUGUUGAAAAAGGAUGCCGAAAGUCUUGAUAGAAAUGGCUUUGCCGUGAUUCAUUAUGCGGCCAAAGCUGGAGAUAUGGAUGUGAUUCAAAGUUUGAUCAGAGUCAAUGCCAAUCUUGAUAUUCGGGAUAGCAAAGGCAAUACUGCACUCAUGCUUACAAUGGAUGGCCGUGAAUUUGGCAUGAAGAGGCCUCAGCUGUUUCAGAUGUUAUUGGGCAACGGCGCCAACCCGACUAUAUCGAAUAACGCUAGAAAGCUCCCUUGGAACAUUGCCGCCAAAAGAUUAUUCGAUGAAUCUCAAGACGACGUUCGACAUAUAAUGCGGAUGCUUCUAGACCAUAGCGUUGGAGCAUGCUGUCAAGACAUUCGCCGAACGUCCUCGAAUUGGGCGGUGGUCCGUAUACCAUACGAAGAAGAGUUAACGCGCUUAGCUUUUAAUCGAAGAGACGAAAGACUGAAGAGUUCGCUGAAGUGUAAGAUUUCGCAUGAAGUUUAUAGUACGGUCCAGGAAGAGUAUCGACGGGCAAAGCUUCUCGAAGAAGCAAAGAAGAGGGACCGAGCUGAGCGAGACUAUAGAGAGUCAUUGACCCCUUACCAGCUGCAUAUGUACAAUCUAAGGGAAAGGCGAUAG